AUGACUGACAUUGACCAAUUGUGUAUCUCCACUAUCCGUCUUCUCGCCGUGGACGCCGUGUCCAAGGCCAACUCGGGCCACCCCGGUGCUCCCUUGGGCAUGGCUCCUGUGGCCCACGCUUUGUGGCAGCAAAUGAAGUUCGACCCUAAGAACCCCCACUGGGUCAACAGAGACAGAUUUGUCUUGUCCAACGGUCACGCUUGUGCUUUGCUCUACUCCUUGUUGCACUUGUACGGCUUUGACAUGUCCAUUGACGACUUGAAGCAGUUCAGACAGUUGAACUCCAAGACCCCAGGCCACCCAGAGACCCACGAGGUGCCUGGUGUCGAGGUCACCACUGGUCCCUUGGGUCAGGGUAUCUCCAACGCUGUUGGUUUGGCUAUUGCACAGAAACAGUUUGCUGCCACCUACAACAAGGAUGACAUCUCCCUCUCCGACUCAUACACGUACGUGUUCUUGGGUGACGGAUGUCUCCAAGAAGGUGUCGCCUCUGAGGCCUCCUCUCUUGCUGGCCACUUGCAAUUGAACAACUUGAUUGCUUUCUGGGACGACAACCACAUCUCCAUUGACGGUAACACCAACUGUGCUUUCACCGAGGACGUGACUGCUAGAUACAAGGCUUACGGCUGGCACAUCAUUGAAAUUCCUCACGGUGACACCGACUUGGCUGCUGUGAAGGCCGCCAUCGAAGAGGCCAAGAAGGUUGACAAGCCAACUUUGGUGAGAUUAACUACCACAAUUGGUUUCGGCUCCUUGCAAGCCGGUACUCACUCUGUCCACGGUUCUCCAUUGAAGCCUGAUGAUGUCAAGCAGUUGAAGGAGAAGAUGGGCUUUGACCCAGAGAAGUCCUUCGUCGUUCCUCAAGAGGUCUACGACCACUACAACAAGCACGUUGCUGAAAACCAGAAGGUCUACAGGGACUGGCAGGCCAAGCUCGAGAGCUACAAGCAGAAGUACCCUAAGGAGGGUGCUGAGGUCCAGAGAAGAUUGGACCACGUCUUGCCUGAAGGUUGGGCUGACGCUUUGCCAACUUACAAGCCUGACGACAAGCCAUUGGCCACUAGAAAGUUGUCUGAGAACGUUUUGAACGCUAUCUUGCCUGUUAUUCCCGAGCUCAUUGGUGGUUCCGCCGACUUGACUGGCUCCAACUUGACCAGAGGUAAGGACUCUGUCGACUUCCAGCCUCCAAACACCGGCUUGGGUAACUACGCUGGCCGUUACAUUAGAUACGGUGUCAGAGAGCACGGUAUGGGUGCCAUCAUGAACGGUAUUGCUGCUUUCGGUGCUAACUACAAGAAUUACGGUGGUACUUUCUUGAACUUCGUUUCCUACGCUGCUGGUGCCGUGAGAUUGGCUGCCUUGUCUCACCUUCCAGUCACUUGGGUUGCCACCCACGACUCCAUCGGUUUGGGUGAGGACGGCCCAACUCAUCAGCCUAUCGAGACCUUGGCCUGGUUGAGGGCCACUCCAAACAUCUCUGUCUGGAGACCAGCUGACGGUAAUGAGGUGUCUGCUGCUUACAAGAGCGCCAUUGAGUCUACCUCUACUCCUCACGUUUUGGCUUUGACCAGACAGAACUUGCCUCAGUUGGAGGGCUCCUCGAUUGAAAAGGCUUCCAAGGGUGCUUACACUAUUUACCCAGUCGACAAGCCAGACUUAAUCAUUGUCUCUUCUGGUUCUGAGGUUUCGAUCUCCAUCGACGCCGCUAAGAAGUUGGCUGAUGCUAACAUCAAGACCGCUGUUGUCUCUGUUGCUGACUUCCACACUUUUGACCAGCAACCAAGAGACUACCAGUUGUCUGUGUUGCCAGACGGUGUUCCAAUCAUGUCCGUUGAGGUCUUGUCUAGCUUCGGCUGGUCCAAGUACUCUCACGAGCAGUUUGGUUUGAACAGAUUCGGUGCCUCAGGUAAGGCCGACGACCUCUACAAGUUCUUUGAGUUCACCCCAGAGGGUAUUGCCGACAGAGGUGCUAAGACUGUUCAGUUCUACAAGGGCAAGCCACUUCUCUCCCCAUUGAACCGUGCUUUCUAA